GGGGACUGUGACCUCACUGCAGCAUCCCAGCACUGCAGCCCUCCUCCCCCAGUGCAGCUGUCCCCAGCGCUUUGCGAUGCCUGUCAGCCACUACUUUGUGGAUCUCUGCAUUCUGAUGCUUCUGUUCUUGAUCUACAAGUGCAUCACUGCCCGACGCCAACAGGAUGACCAACAGAGACGGCGAUGGUGGAGAUGGCGGAGACGUAUGUCAGAGUCUGAGCUGAGUGGUGAGAGAUGGGCACAUGGCCCCAUAUGUCCCACCAGCGGGAGCCCAAACCCCACCAGCACCUUCAGCAAGGACCUUCUGACACCAGACGCAGGAGUCCCUUCCUCCGAACACAUGUGGAGGACACGAGCUCUGCCCCCAGCCUCUCCCAGCACAGGCAGGGAGGUCUCAGGACUGCCAGCGUGCUUUCCUUUGACCGCACCAAUGGGCGCAUGUGGGGACGGAGCCAGGGAUGGGAGCUGCAAGGACAUUGCAGUGCCUGUCUCUGACUCCAAGCUGCAGCUGGAGAAGGAGGUGCGCAAUAAGAUGGAGUUCCACACUGCCAGGAAAUCCCUCCAGAUAAAGCUGAAGUGCCUCCCUGGGCUGGUGCUGUGCUCCAUGGAAGUGCUCUCCUGCUCGCUCACCUCGACGGCACGCAGCCGACCUGUGCCUGUGUACAUCCCCAGGCGGGAGAGCAGCUUCCUGCCCGAGGAGCAGCGGGAGAUGCUGGAGCUCCACAUCCGCACCGCGAAGCUGCAGCGCUGCAAGGAGCACCAUGGCAGGGAGCAGCCAUCCCAGCGAGCCGUGCGGGGGCAGGACAGCAGCAGGGCAGCCCUGCAGACCAACCGACAGGCCCAGAAGUUUAGCACCUGGACCAACACGGCCCACACUGCAGCGGGUGUUCAGCACCGUCGCCAUCGCCGUGGACACAGCUUUGCCAUCCGCGGGGAUGACUGAAUGAAAAGGAAGGAGAUCACCCAGGAGAUGGAGCCCGGCGCACAGGCUGUGGCCCACAGUCCAAGUCCAGGGAUCCCUGUCUCUCUGCACCUCCUUCCCCUGCAGCACCACAGGGAAGCAGCAGGGAAAGGAAUCAGAGGGAUCACGGACACCCAUCGUAUCUGCAAAGAUGAGGAGCACCCUGAGUGAUUCUGGGAGGGCUAAGAACAGAGAGAUUAAAGGGAUCUCAGGAGUCCAUGCAUGUGGUUCCUAUAGCCCCAAUAAGGUGUGAUGUCCAAGCUUUUGACUUGCCUGGGAUGCACUGAAUGAACGGGAAUUGCAUUAGGACAGCUACAGAUUAUAGUGUUAGCAUAGAUCAUUAGCAAGACUUACUUUGUUUGAAAUCUAACAAACAAAUAACAUUAACAACAACAUAAAACCAGUGGAAUAUUUCUUUAUGCUUUUGUGAUCCUAAUGGAUGAGAAUUGAUGGAUGUACCUGCAUUCUCCUUUAGUGCUCCUUCCCCACAGCCAUCCCAGCAGCUCUCUCCUCCCUCUGCUCCAUGCUUUGCAAUGCCUUGCAGCGUGCAGCUGUGAUCGUAUAGUGGUCAGUACUCUGCGUUGUGGCCGCAGCAACCUCGGUUCGAAUCCGAGUCACAGCAAUGCUUUUGCAGACACGGGGCUGUGCACAGAGCAUGCAUUGCAGAUGAAGGGGAGGGAGCUGCAGCGAGGCUCCACGAAGAGAUAGAAAUGACCUUAAAGCUGUGCUGGGAGCUGAUGGCCUCGAUGGCUCUGGACCACCUCUCCCAAAACAGCAUCAUCAGCACAUUUGAUUUUUCUUCUCCUUUCUUCUUCCAGAGAAUCUGUGCAGACCUAAGUUCAAGGAACUGCUGUUCUCUGCUUCUCUGAGAAGCCCUGCCCCUCCUCACCCCCUCCCACACUCCCUCUCAUUGCCACCCCACACGGGUGCCCCAGUUCACACUGACCCCAGCCCCAGCUGUAGAUCUCAGUGUGGAAGCUGGGUGCUGUUGUGCUGCCUUCAGUCCGUGCCCCUCCUGACCUGGGAUCAGACCCAGACUCAUCUCCCCAGCUGCCACGACCCCAGUGUCCCCAUAGGAGCUGCAGCACACCCUGUGAUGUGGUUGCAGGAUCCAGCACCCCCCCCCCAUGUGUCAGCAUUCAGAGUUGGUCCCUCCAACCUGGGCUGUUGUGUGGCUGUUUCUAUCACCCCGGGGCCAACCAGAAGCUCCUGCAGACACAGAGCUCACCAUGCACAGGGUUCACAAAGCACAAAGCUCCACACGAGCGCUUGCACAUGGAUGUGUAUUUUAAUAAAAAUAAUUCUGUCAAUAUACAGCGGAACGUUGAUUUCUUUGCCAUAUUUCCAGUAUAUUCUCAUAGGCUUUUCUCAGUUAAAAUCCCCCUCCCCCCCUUGUUUUGUUGUGGUUUUUUAUUUCAAGUUUUCAUGCGAAGCAUCAGAUAACUUAAUUCACAAAUACUACGCUGAUACUGAACCAAUGUGCACAAUGCAUGUGACGUCCACGGAGCUGACAUGCCACAGAGGAGGAAACCCUCCAACGUCGGGCCCUUGUUUCCCCAUCUCCAGCCGAGCAGUUCAUACCUGAGUUAUAAGUUCACUGUGCCUGGCACUGCUGGGUCCUGGCUGGAGAGCCACAGCAUGGGAGCAUCCCAAUGGAAGCGUUCACCAAUGCGAUGUCCUUUGAAAGAGUGACCAUGUUUCUGUGCUGAACGUUUUCUUACACAUCCUUACUGUCCUCAAAUCCACCCCGUUGGUGCUCAUAGAGGAAGGGGCCAAAACCCCACGCAGAGUGUUAGAGCAGUCCCGGGAUGCCCAAAGGGGAGCUCAGCAUGCAAACACAGGUUUGCAUGGACUCAAAGAAUGUUUCUGAGUCCAAAUCCCACCUUUCGGGAGAUAAAAAGGAGCUCCUGGAGCCAGGGGGAUGGUGUUCUCCAAACCCAGGGAUGGGCAAUGGGGAGCAGGUGAUGCUGCCUUUGGAGGAGGCUCUCAGCUGCUCCCUUCUCCUCCCCAGACCUGCCUAUGCCCCACCAACACACCCUCUGCAAUGUGGUGUUACCUGGGUUUUAAGACUGGUAUCAAAGCACAGCAGCACCACAGCAACCCAACAAGGUGUGCUUUAAGGAGAGCGUCGUCUCCUGUGCCUGAUGCUCAUGGAGAGAGAUGGUAAAUUCACCCCCCACAGCUGCUUAAACCAGCUCUGAUUGUUGGCAGUUGUUCAAGGGAGUCUCAGAAACGAAGCUCAAGAAUGGAAACGAUGCCUUAAUGAGACCGUGUGACAGAUGGUGUGAUAGAUUCCCUUUUUAAAAUGACUGCAGCAACCCAAUCAACUCUCACUGAUACCGUAAAAGGCUCCAAAAUGCAAAGCACGAAGGAACAACCACAAGAAUACAAUGCCCAGGAGACUUUUACACGUAAAACCAGGCUAUGGGCUGCGUGAUGUACAACAUUGGUGGCAGGAGGCGACCUGGCCCUGUCACCAUCAGGUGACGGCUUCACGGGGAGCCCAAGGGUGAUCCAUGACAGAGGUUUGGCUAAAAGGAACUAAAAACUGCCCUAAAAAGAAGGAACAGAAAACUCAGAAGGAGACAAAGAUGGUCUGACUGCAGCCAGGCAGCAAUGAGCCAAACGAUGGCCAACAGCACAGGAAUCCAAAUGGGGUGAGCCACCAGUGCCCCAAGGGAACACUUGGUCCCCUGCUCUGCCUUUAUUUCAAACUCCAGCAGCAAAUCAUGGUACACAGUUGGGUUGAAAGGGACCUUUUAAAGCCUACCCAGCCCCCAACCCUGCCCUGUGCUGGAUGCCCCACCAGCUCAGGCUGCCCAGAGCCCACCCAUGGCCUUGGGCACCUCCAGGGAUGGGGAUGAAUCCAAAUCACAUCUGCAAAUGCAGCGAACUCUCAGAGCUCUCACCUCACAGGCAGAGUUCUGACACCAACGUUCUUUCUCACAUGGUACAUCAGUUCAAAAUGCACUUAGAAACAGAUGGUUUGAAUACCAAAGCCUUAGAAGCACUAGGAGUCCCCAAACUGCAGCAGUGACACAUUGCCAUGUCUGUCUUACCUGCAGGUUACUCACCCACAGAUCCUUGUUGGCCACUUUUGGACCUGGAACUAAAAUCACGUUCUUAGUCCUCAAAGAAACAUUGCCAUUCCUUUCUAAAUGGGUA